GAACUGCGUUUUCCCAUUUCCUCAGCCAAAUCUCUCUCUCUCUCUCAUCAAUGGCGAAAUCAGCUGCGACGGCGGCUUCCUCCCUCGUCCAAACCCUCAGGCGAUACAUCAAGAAGCCAUGGGAGAUCACUGGACCCUGCGCUCACCCGGAGUACCUCGAAUCUGUGCCCAAGGCGACGGAGUAUCGCAUCCGAUGCCCCGCCACGAUCGAUGAAGAGGCGAUCGUGCCCACCGCGGAUCCAGAGAACGUGUACAACAUCUUGUACCACGCGAGGGAUCAGCGCCGAAACCGCCCGCCGAUCAGGCGAUACGUGUGGAAGAAGGAGGACGUGGUUCAGAUGAUGAACGAGAAGAAGACGUUCGAGGAGUCGGACUUUCCUAGGGUUUACUUGACGACCACCGUCGAGGAGGAUGAGAAUGCUCGUGGCGGAGGCUACGAGUGACGAAACAGGUUUUUUUCUCCUGUAAUCUGCUUUGGUGGGAGACAGACUGCGUGUGAUAUUAAUCUCACUACCGAGAAGAAUUCUCACUAGUUUUCCAUUAUUAUUAUCCAAUAAUAAGGUUUGUAGAGUCUUUACAAAACACUUUAUGAGUUUGUUCCUCCACAAGAACUUGGAUUGUUGUUCAGACAUGACAAUUACUAUAUGUUUUUGUUUCCUAUGGUGAGUGAACUCAUCAAAAUAUUA